GACGGUUGUCCGCUGUACACCAUCCUACCAAGUGUGUUUACGAUGGCGACGACGAACAAGGCUCGGAGCACAGCGCCGCGUCUGCUGCGCGUGCAUGUCGCCGGCCUCGUGAGCGCCUCGCGCCUCUCGUGCGUGGCGUCGCUGCCCGUCAAGCUCGCGGUCGUCACCAAGCUCCGCGGGCACGGAACGGCCAACGUUGAGCACGUGACGCCGGCGGUCGCGAACGCCAGCAGCAUUGCGUGGGACCACGAAAUCUACGAAUUCGAUCUCACCGAAGCCGAGAUGUACACGCGCGUGCUCGAGUGCGUCCUCGUCGAGACCGACUGCCUCGGGUGGCGCAUCGUGCUCGGCAGCGCCAAGAUUCCGCUCGCAUCCCUCGAGAUGGACCGCGGUCAUGUGCACUCGAAAGAGGUGGCCUUUGAUGCGCUCGAGUCGGAUCUGCGCCUGCGUUUGCACGUGGAUGUGUGGGACGUCGCGCAAGAUGCGGCCGCCGUUGAAUUCGAGGCGUUCGAGCACCAGCGCUGCGUGCGGGGUGAGUGGAGUCAGCGUCACUUGCGCCCUUCGGACCGCCCCGUGUACCGGUGUGGACCGCAGACGGACAAUGUGCUGGCGACGAUUGUGCCGCCGACGCCCGAUGGCUGCGUUCCGUCGCUCGGGUGGGCGGCCGACGAGAGCGGGUGGUUCUAUGCCACGUCGUUCGCCGGCCCGUGGCACAACUCGAACGCGUCGUACCCGGUCCGGCGCCGGCGGCUCGUGCACCGGUACCGUCCCGUGGAGGUGCCGGCCAGCGUCAACAACAACAACGACCUUGUGGUCGGUCAAAGCGUUGCGAUGCCCGACAUGUCGAUUCAAGCGAGCCUCGCCAAGCGCCAAGUCAUGACCGAGGACUACUAAGUGGAGCUCGAUACCAUAAAAUUACAUGACGUGUCAACGCGUGGUCGCGUUGUGAUAGCGUGGA